GAUGGACAAAACAACAAAUCUACAGCCCCCCCAAACUCGAAAAUUGGCAACGCAAUCCAUCAUCCCCGCCUCCAGUAAGAUAUAACAAAAUUUCACUACAAGCACAAUCACAGGGCCAACAAAAGCCCAAAAACCGCAACAGCUAAUCAGGGCCUGCGAACUCCCCCCCCCCCCCCGCGCCCGCGCGCCCGCACACACACACACAGAACACUCACCCUCUCUCCCCGCCUCCAUCGCCCCAUGGCGAGAAAGAAGCCGGAGCUUCAGCGAACUCAAACCAACCCAUAAUAAGUUGCAAAAUACGGCAAAGAAGCGGGAGAGAGGAGGGCGGCAUGGAGCCCCGGAGUCUUUCUCCUCUCGCCUCACUUCCAACAGACCCCUGAGAAUGCUUGCCACGAGAGAAUACUACUUGGAACCCUAACCCAUACGGCCCGAAAAACUCACACAAUGCUGCUGCUACUUCUUAAAGGGACAGGCGUCCUAUUUCUUCCCAUGAGGCUGUGGAGUGUAGAGUCCCCUCUGGGGGGCAGGGCGCGGGCCCAGAUGGACAGGACCUUGUAUAUAUAUAUAUAUAUAUGUAUAAUAUAAUAUAACAGUUGUAAUCUUCUAUAUAUAAAAAAAGCUUCUGUCCAUUUCUAAUUUAAUUAAAACAGCAAAAUUACACAACCCAAAACCACAAAACUUGGCAACAAAAGACAUGGUCCUCCCCGCUGUGUUUAGACAGCAAAACGAAAAAACUAAACAAAAUCCAAGUCCCGCAGAAUCCCCCCAAAAAAGGGAAACUCCAUGUACGCAUGCGCAAGCAGCCCCCACCUUUGGAAAGCGGUCUUGUGUGCGAGGGAGCUGCACACUGCGCACGACCAUCCCAACCGUCGGACUCCGAGACGCGAGGGAAGAGGACAAUAUUUUCAAACUUUAAACACAUCUCCCUCAGGAAAAUGCCUAAAAGGCCAUAGAGACGUACGGAGGACAACAACACCCACAAUCCCUAAAGGGACUGGAAAUGUAUUGGGGGAGCCAUACUACAAAUCCUUCCAAAAAACGCCUCAUAGCCCUUCCGGGGCCGUCUGAGGAGCACAAAGAUGACAGGGGAUGAUGGGGUGCAGAGUGGAUUCCAAAAUUCAUCAUCUCGGUCUCACCUCCUUCUCCAGACUGUAUUCCCAUGCGGAGAAUCAGCACUGGUCAAGAAAACACUCCAGCAGGCGAAGUCCAACUGUUGAUUAACUUUAUUUACAUAACUAUUUACAGUUUGCAUUUCUCGGCUUCAGAGCAUAGCAUUCAUAGUCCAUCUUCAGCGAAAGCUCAAGCCGAACUCCACAGAUAAGAUAAACAACACAUUCCUCUGUCCAGAGGAAGUUCCGACCCCCAAAGUCAUGCCUGAUAGGUCAUAGCAAUCACAACAGGCUGUCAGUCAAAACUAGCCUGCUGUUAACUAUUUCAUUACUGAAAAAUACACACUCUUGCUCAUCAGCAGUAAACACUUGAUUUACAUUUCAUACAAAUACAACCAUACUCCAACAAAAGAUGCAUUUAGACAGUAAUGGGGGCCUCGGUUCAAACACCCUGAGGCGUUUAGGCGGGAUUGCCAACUAAUGGCGGCGGCGCUUCUUCAAACCCCUCUGCAGGUCUGCAGUUUCAGGAGCUGGGAUUUAUAGUUCACCUGCAAACAAACAGGACUCUGAACCGCAACAAUACUGGACCUGGAACUCACGGUGAAUAUUGGGAGACUAUUAGGGGGAUUGACCCAACAUUUGGGGGAAAUUGUAGUCCACCCACAUCCUUCAGAUUCUUAAUGAAUAUCAUUGCCCGUCCACUAAGGCCUGUCUUCUCCUGGUCCCUCUUCAACUCCCUGGACAGGAAGAGAGCGGCUUCUAUCAGGGCCAGCUAACACCUUCAAACAAAGGAUUCCCCAAGGGAGGAGGCAGCCAGCCGCCCCGAGGCCGGAUACAAAAUACAGAACUAACUGGUGCUGAUUAGAGGGACCAUACCAUGCCCCUAUGAAAAUAGCUUCACUGGCUUCCAACAAGUUUCCAGGCCCAAUUCAAGGUGCAGGUGAUUACUGGCGGAUGCGCCAAGGGAGAAGUGCCUGGCUCCUCCUCUUCAUCAGGCUCAACAGCGCCUCCUUCUCCUGCCUCAGGACGUGAGAGUUCUCUGGAGCCACCCCUGCCGUGAUGGGAAACGAACCAGCUUCUAGUAGAUAUUAAGGCAUUUGGAAACCAAAGUGGAGUAAGGAAACCAGUCGUCUAGGAAAAAGGAAUUCCUACAUUCACUUUGGAUUAUAGAGUAGAACCAUAGAGUCAGAAGAGACUGCAAGAGGCACCUAGUCCAGGCCUCUGCCGUGCAGGAAAAGCACAAAGUACCCCUGACAGAUAAACAUCUAGCCUCUGUUUAAAAGAUUCCAAAGGAGCCUCCACUACAUUUUGAGGCAGAGUGUUCCACCGCUGAACAGCUCUUACAAUCAGGAAGUUCUUCUUAAUGUUCAGAUGGAAACUACUUUGCUGCAAUUUGAACCCACUGCUGUGAGUAAUCAGAAAGGGGAAAACAAGAAUCAAGUGUCCAUAUUGGAAUUAAAUGAACAUAACACUGUUGACAUGGAGGAGAAAGCAUAUAAAUGUAUUGAAUGUGGAAAGAGCUUUAGUCAGCACGGAAAGCUGAAGGCACAUCAAAGGAUUCACACUGGGGAGAAACCCUAUAAAUGCCUGGAGUGUGGACAGGGCUUCGCUCAUAGUUCAGGUCUAUGUUCACAUCAAAGGACUCACACUGGGGAGAAACCCUAUAACUGCCUGGAGUGUGGACAGAGCUUCACUCAUAGUUCAACUCUACGUAAACAUCAAAGAACUCACACUGGGGAGAAACCCUUUAAAUGCCUGGAGUGUGGACAGAGCUUCGCUCAUGGUUCAGACCUACGUUCACAUCAAAGAACUCACACUGGGGAGAAACCUUACCACUGCCUGGAAUGUGGACAAGGCUUCGCUGAUAGUUCAGGUCUACAUAGACAUCAAAGGACUCACACUGGGGAGAAACCCUUUAAAUGCCUGGAGUGUGGAAUGAGCUUCACCACUAGUGGAAAUCUAUGUUCACAUCAAAGGACUCAUACUGGAGAGAAACCCUAUACAUGCCAGGAGUGUGGAAUGAGCUUCACUAAUAGUGGAAAUCUACGUAGACAUCAAAGGACUCACACUGGAGAGAAACCCUAUAAAUGCCUGGAGUGUGGAAUGAGCUUCACUAAUAGUGCAAAUCUAUGUUUACAUCAAAGGACUCAUACUGGAGAGAAACCCUAUACAUGCCGGGAAUGUGGACAGAGCUUUGCUCGAAGUGGAACUCUACGUUUACAUCAAAGGACUCAUACUGGAGAGAAACCCUAUACAUGCCAAGAGUGUGGACAGAGCUUUGCUCAGAGUAGAAACCUAAGUUCUCAUCAAAGGACUCACACUGGGGAAAAACCAUAAAAAUGCAUGUAGUGUGGACAGAGCUUUUCGCGGAAUAAUAUUAUACAUAGACAUCAUGGAAUUCACCCUGGAGAGAAUGGUGUUAAUUGACACCAGAGUGUCAUUCUAACAUGUACAAAAGCAACUCUUGCACAUUUUGGAAAUGCAAGCUCAAAGUUGGGACAUUUCAUCACAUGUGGUGUUUUGUAGAUAGAUCGAACUAAAAUACAUUCCAUUCUGGAAGUAAUUAAGGUUAAAUGAAACUAGAGUUUUAUAUGUUGAGAAUGUUGGAUGAUCAAUUAGAAUGAAAACAUGGAUAGUUACUGCGAUAUACUAAAGUAAGAAUUGACUCUACAGAGGCAUGGAAGGAAUGUUUUAUUCCAAAGCAAAAAGAAUGGCUCAUGAAGACCUGCAAAUUAGCCAAAUGAACAAACUGACAACAAUAUGGGCAAAUGUCAGUUGUAUUAGUUAUUAAUUGAAAGAGUGUUAUCAGAAGUUGAAGUGUGGUUAUAUUAAUAUUAUUUAAAGGGAGUAGAAUAAUGAGCAAUAACAAUUAUCGGACAGAAUGAGGCUUUUAGGCACGUAUCCCUGUCUGGUUGUUAGUUCAAUUGUGUGUCUAUGUAGGUAACUGUUUCGUUAGUGUGUUUGUUUCUGAUUUGGUUUUGUAUCUCAUGUAGUAGUUAGUUUCAUGUAUAGUUGAUGCAUUAUAUAUAAUUUCUGCCUUU